AUGGUCGYCAUUCGGAGUCUUGCAUCGGUUGCACUGCUUGUGUCCAGUGCAUUCGCAGUAUGGCCGCUGCCUACGGAGUACUCCCACGGAGACAAGGUGCUGUGGAUCGCGCGUGAGCAUGUAACCGUUUCUUAUCACGGAGCGGAGAAUAACUCAUCGGGAACCCAGAGCACAUCGAGCAAUGCAACAUCUGGCAACCAGAUCGUCAACAAUGCCGUGGAGCGAACAUUCAAGACUCUCUUCGAGCAGAACUUCUUGCCCUGGAAGUUCCACCCACGGUUGAGUAACUUCGAACCAGAAGAGGGCAGCGACGCCACCUACAUCUCCUCAAUCACCCUUACGCAAACCGCGGCCGAUCCGGAAAACAUCCUGAAGCCUAGCACUGACUUGGAUGAGAGCUAUUCCUUGGAGGUCACCGCAGAUGGCAAAGUCAACGUGUCUGCGAAGACUUCGAUCGGUCUGCUCUAUGGCCUGACUACAUUCUCGCAGCUCUUUUACAAGCACUCAAGCGGUACCGUCUACACCCCGCUUGCUCCAGUCUCUGUGACCGAUGCUCCCAAGUUCAAGUGGCGUGGACUCAAUGUCGAUACAUCGAGGUCGUUCAAGCCAAUGGCUGACCUGUAUCGCAUGAUCGAUGCUCUAUCUUACAACAAGAUGAAUCGACUUCACUGGCAUGUGACCGAUAGUCAGUCUUGGCCGCUUGAGAUUGACAGUCUGCCAGAGGUUGCCGACAAGGGUGUGUAUGUCAAUUGGCAGCGAUACACCAAGGAAGAUGUCAAAGCUCUCCAACAGUACGGCGCGCUUUUGGGUGUCGAGGUUGCGCUUGAGAUUGACAACCCUGKCCACACCGCCUCGAUCGCUCUCUCGCAUCCAGAACUUAUCGCCGCUUUCAACGUCCAGCCCAAGUGGACGGACUACUGCGCUCAGCCUCCUUGUGGAACUUUGAAGCUGAACUCAACCAAGGUAUACGACUUUCUGGAGAAGAUGUUCGAUGACCUGCUCCCACGCCUCGAGCCUUUCACCAGCUACUUCCAUUUGGGAGGCGACGAAGUAAACAAGAAUGCCUAUAACCUGGAUGAUACAGUGGGCAGCAACGACAGUGCAGUGCUACAACCACUCAUGCAGAAAUACAUGGAUCGCAACAUGAAGCAGGUCGAGUCUUACGGUCUCGUGCCACUGGUUUGGGAGGAGAUGCUGCUGGAUUGGAACUUGACUCUUCCGAAGAACACGAUUGUGCAAACAUGGCAGAGUGAUGAGGCUGUUGCCAAAGUCGUCUCCAAAGGCUACCAAGCCUUGGUGGGCAACUCCAACUACUGGUAUCUCGACUGCGGCAAAGGACAAUUCCUGGACUUCUACCCGUCCAAUGCCGCAAACUUCUUUCCAUUCCAAGAUUACUGCGCACCUGUGCACAACUGGCGUGCCAUGUACGGCUAUGAUCCACUGAGUGGAGUUCCUGAGGACCUCGCACAUUUGGUCCUUGGAGGCGAGACGCACAUUUGGUCAGAACAGACGGACACUGAGAACCUGGAUCCAAUGGUCUGGCCACGAGCCUGCGCUGCCGGCGAGGUCCUUUGGAGCGGUGCCAAGGAUGCAUCCGGACAAAACCGAUCCACCGUCGAGGCUUCUCCUCGUUUCGCCGAAAUGAGGGAGCGACUCAUCGCUCGAGGUAUCCGAGCUGAUACCUCCUUCCAACCCUACUGCACGCAGAAUGGGACGCAGUGCGCGUUCCCGGAGGCGUAA